UUUCCAAUCUCAUACGAAUUUAUGGAGAUUUGUUGUCUAAUUUUGUGAAUUGAGUCUGUUGAUUUCCACAUAGGAUGUGUUAUUUUCACGGUGUUUUGUUUAUGAUUUCUUUUUCUUUGCAUACAGAUGGAAUAUAUGUUCGUGUCAAUGGGCGCCUAAAAAUCUUUAAAGGCAGUAAGCAGUUAGUUGCUUUUUCUGUUAGGCCCGUGACAAACUUCGAUGAGCUUACCUUCCACUUCGUCGAGUGUAUACAUUUCCAAGUGCAAAAUUCCAGAACAAAGCAAGGAGAUGCCACAACUCAGUCUCAUUCUGUGACUCCAUCUACAAACACAGUUUUGAGGGAUGGAUCAAAUGGAUAUCAGUCAACACUACCAAAUCAUUUCUCUGGACAAUUUAGUGUAGAGGGACUGAAGGGAUUUGAUCUGCAGCAACCUUCAAACUUUGGAUGGGAAAAAGGGGUACAUAGGGAUGAACUGUCUCAGAAGCUAAAACUUCCUAUGGAGAAGAUCAUUGAAUCUAUCAGAACACUUGAAGAGGAAGGGUUGAUAUACAAACAAGACAUAUCACAUCUAUAUCAAAACUUGUUCCCUUCAAUAGGCAUGCAUUCGUGCUAUGCACGAAGGGGCACCUAG